AUGACUUUGGUUACUAAAGAAGAGAUAGCGGCAAAGUUUUCCAUUGAUCACAACUGCAUCACCUUGAAGCAGGAGUGUGGCAAGAAGUCUGCCUCUGCCAUCAUUGUUCUCCCCAGCUGGCUUGAAAGUGAUGUAAUUUUGUGUGAUUACGUUGAUGGAGUGUUCUUAGGGAAUCAGAGAGCAUUACUAAGGCAAUCUCAUGACUCGGACGCAUCACAACCCUCCUCAGAGCACUACAAGCCUCAUAAGCUGUCUAGUGAAGAGUUUGACUUGAGCCCUGCAUGCAAUGGACAGCCUACACUUCAUGUCCUCAAUGAUGACAUCUUGCUUCAUAUUAUGAAAUAUAUGAAUGUUGCUGAGAAACUGAUGCUUGAAGCAGUGUGUCGACGCUUCCAGUCUCUGGUUUACCGCGAGCUGGGCCAGAAUAACGUCAUCGACUUCACUGAUGAUGGCUGCGUCUGGCGAAGUGCUCACUCCAAGCUCCCCAUAUGUCGCAGCAAGUCGCCAGCCCAACUCACGCAUGACCUCAAGCUAUGCACCUAUAAGAUGCUCAUCAUGAACGCAAACUACCUCACUACUUUGAGACUCGACGAGUAUCGCUGCAUCUUAAUCCUCUACCCUAGCUUCUCAAAAUGGACCCUGGCCUGUCAUCCUGGACCCUGGCCUCUCAAUCUUGACCCUGGACUUUCGUCUCAGCCUCCACCCUAG